ACCUUUAUUUACACUUCUCACCAAAAAUCAGCCGUUCUUAACUGACUCACGGCCCGGGUGUGUUCUUAGGUUGUUCUCAAAAUUUUGCUUAAUCUCUGCCUGGAAGUUCCGUUAUAAAAUAGGUCCUCAUUAAAAAAAGAGUGUACAGAUACUCACAACUAAAUCGGCAUCGUUCUACAAACAAUGAGAGCAAAGCUCUGUUAGAACGUCUAAGAAAUAAGCCGAUUUUAUCGUAUGCUCCUCAUCUAAUAAUUUUAUGUUAUGAGAACAAAUCUUGCGGUCAAUUCAGUGUCUCGAGAAAAGCGAUUGCCUACACAUUCAUGAAAGUAUUAAGCGUUGUGUGACUCCUAACGCAACCUCCCAGAUAACGCGUAUUAGGUCUUGGCGCAUGGAGGAUUACAGUGCUACAGUAGACCACGUACAGGGAAUGAAAUAUCGUUGAUUUACAUUUUAAACAUGAGAUGAAUAAAACUCGCUCACCUUUUGUGUUUCCUUGAUCCUUUUGGCGUCCCCAGGGAAGUGUUCUUUCCUACAGUUCAGCGUUACUUUUAUUAUUCGGGUUAGCCAACCCUUAAUUUACAUAUUGAUAUGCGGCUUCGAAGAUUGUGACUGCCUACCGAUGGAGGUACUUUUGUAUUGUUUUGCCUUUUCAAGUUUUGUCUCCUAUCCCACCAAAUUGUAAACAUACGAGACUUCUCAUCAAACCUUUGAAAUGGCUGCAAAGGGCAAGUUUAGGACUUUAAAAAAAACUUUGUUACCUGAUCUGAGGAUUUGAUCUUCGACGAACAGGCUUGUAAUUAGAGGAUGACAUUUGAAAGCCAUUGAAGUAAUUGAGCUACUAGGUAGUUCAGAGCUUUGGUAAUCGACGUGAAAGCAGAUAAUAUGGAAUCGAAAAAAGAAUGGAGUCGACCUGACCAACAGAUCAUUGCCUUCUACGUCGCUCAAGAGGCCGCUGUUGAGAAAAGAAAUGAGGAAAAUAAUGUUGUGCCUCUUAUAAAGUUCUUUUCAUUUCUUUGUGUACUGCUUGGUUUCACUCUUCUUGUUCUUCGCAUGGAAUAUCAGCCUUCUUUUACAAAGAACUGGUUCAACGAACCUUUAGAUCAACCACUUGAUAUGGAACCUUUUGACUGGGGUAUAGAAACAACAAAAUCCACGGACGAUACACGUGAAGGUGGCUCUGAAGCGUCAGACGUCCUCCCCUUGGCUGUUUGGGGUUUGUGGGGUCCGUGGAGUGAAUGCAGCAAGAAGAAAUAUUGCCAAGAAGGUCAACAACAUCGCCAUAGAGUAUGUUUGUCUUUGGAAGAAUCGGCUCAGUGUAUGGGUGUCUCCAUGGAAGCCAGAGAUUGCCCUACUGCUGCCUGUGUACAUGCAUAUAGUUCCCCUCCCAUUUUAGUGGACAAGUCACCAGCAUCAGCAACAUCAUUUCUUGCUCAGGAAUGCAACGCUACAGUUAAAUAUGCGGCUAGUGGUAGAUUUGGAGACCUUGUACCAAGCGCUGUUUAUAGUUUAUAUCCUUCUGCUAAAAAGAUGUUUAAAAGCGGAUUUUUUGCCUUGGAGAGGAUUCCUAAAGUUCUCAAGCACGAGUCUGAUAUAACUAAGGUGUGUUUUGAACCUUUUGGAGUGUGGUCUUUGACAGUAGCUCGAAAAGUGUUCCACUUAAACAGAUCCACGAGAGCCUCUCUGAACGAAGUAAAAUCAAAUCGCGUGAUUGGGUUGGCCAUAGCUCUUCGACCUGAUGGGACGUUAUACGGGGUACUGUUAGCCACAGGAACCUCAGGAGGGGUCUAUGGCAACGUUUAUUACAGGCGUUUUCGAGGAGUGAGUUUCCACGAUGAUAUAUCAUUUUAAGAUGUUGACGACAUUGGGUGUUCUUAGAAUUAUUUGUUUUUUAAAACCGUUCCAAGGAAACUGAAAGCGCCCCAGAAGACUGAUUUCUUCGCGCACGAUGUUAGUAAUGCUGGAAAUCAUUUUUGUAACAGUUUUGGAAUGUUUUUAAAAUGUUUUUCAUCAGAUCAUGAAAUGAUUUUUAGACUUGUACACACAUUAGAAGGUCUGGGCCGCUACUUAAGCCUGUUUACCAGCAAGGAUCGGUAAAAGAGAGGUUGCUACACCGUGCUCGAUAAUCAAAGGCCAAGCGCUUAAGAGUUUUGUGGAUAAACUCAAUGGUCAUGCAGUUAUGGAAUUUUUUUAAGUGAAAAUGAUUACAGCAACAACAAGCUGCUCACAGAAACACAUGUUUUGUAUUGCAAUGAAGUCAAUAACUAACAGGAAACGAUGAACAAAAGGUGGCAUCAAUAUUUAUUGAGGAAUUAGCCCGAGCAACUUAAUUUUUUUAAGAGCGUAUAGCAAUACUUAGGAGUUAUUUGAAUAACUAGUGUAUUUAUUUAAUAAACAUUCCUACUUCUUGUA